AUGAAAGAAUAUUUGUACAGAAAGAGCUUAGAAGGCAAAGAACGCCUUCUCUACGAGAACAAGCGCAAGAUUAGAGAAGCUCUGCAAGAGGGAAAAACGAUUCCCACUGAGCUUCAGAAUGAAGAGGCGGAGCUUCGUCGAGAAAUCGAUCUCGAAGAUGAGAACACUGCUGUACAAUUUGCAAAGGAACUGAAACUUGUUUUUCCUAAUGCACAACAAAUGAACCGUGGUGGUCAGGUUAUUUCUGAAAUUAUUGAAACUUGCCGUGCACAUGAUUUUACAGAUGUUGUUUUGGUUCAUGAAAAUCGUGGCGUACCUGAUGGUUUGUUUAUAAUCCACCUUCCUUUUGGUCCAACGGCUUUUUUUGAACUGCGCAAUGUGGUUACAAGACAUGACAUCAAGGACAAGAAAGCUAUGGGAACCAUGCCGCAGGUUUAUCCACAUGUGAUUCUUGACAAUUUCACGACUAAGGUACUAUCAGGUACAGCAAAUAUUUUGAAGCAUCUCUUUCCAGUGCCAAAGCCAGAUACAAAGCGCAUAAUCACUUUCGCCAAUCAGUCAGACUAUAUUUCAUUCAGGCAUCAUACUUAUGAGAAGCAUGAAGGUCCUAAAUCCAUUGUUCUGGAGGAGAUUGGUCCUCGGUUUGAAAUGAGGCUUUUCAAGAUAAAGUUGGGAACACUGGAGCAGACUGAAUCCCAGGAUGAAUGGGUCUUCAAGCCAUACAUGAACACAGCGAAGAAACAGAAGUUUAUAGGGAUUUGAUGUGACUCGAUAAACUUUUUGGUGUCGUCAUAAUACUGUCAUGUGGUGUUACUGAUUCAUGUAAAAACACUUAAUUUUGCUUUUAUUAAUACAAUAUUGUCUACUCAUAUUAUAAUAUGUGAAUUUGUAACAUGACGUCAAACGUGUAAAAA